UUUGCCUCCGGAUCCAGAUCAACCCCCAGAACAAAGGCGAGUUUCAAGGCAUUUCACCGGAGCGGGCAUUUGCCGAUUUCCUCUUUGCCAACACCAUUCUCCAUCUUGUCGUCAUCAAUUUUGUUGGCUGA